AUGCCUCAGGCUCUCCCUAGAGACCCCUCAGCCCGGCCUUGGGCACAUGACAUCCCUCUCCUCAAGGAUUCGUCUAUCAAUACUGUCCUGUGCCCCCUUUUGCGCUUCAUGUUUCCUGGACACAGUGCUCUCACAAUAGUGUUAACAUCGGAAUGGCGCGAGAGCCUUUCGCUUCUUUGGGAGAAUGAUGCAAAAGGCGCUACUGAUGGAGACUGCCAUCAAGAACCAUCUCGGAAAGCCUUGGCAGCUCUACUCGUCGGAGGUGCCAAUGACAGGCCGAGAAGCAAGAGCGCGCAGGAUUUGUAUGAGACAGAAUUUGCAUUAAUCGGCUGA